GUCAGAAUGAAAGCGAUAUCGCAGCUGAAACUUUUAUUAUGGAAGAAUCUGCUGCAACAAAUUCGUUCACCAUGGUUCACGUUGCUCGAGUUGGUGAUACCACUGAUCCUCAUAGCGCUUACUUUUGGUCUGAUGAUCGGAUUGAAAGACAGAUAUGAGAAAUCGUACAAUGCAACUGAAUAUCCCGCAUGGCUCGUUGAGGGUAAUGCACUUGAUCUUAUCAUGCCAACAAAUCCUAAAAACCUAUCGGGUACAAUAAUCGAUCUAAAAUAUCUGUUGAAAUUGCAUAGCAAUAACGACUGUAUGUUUCUGAACGUAAGCACAGAUCCAUCGGAUCCGUUUCAUUUCAAUAUCGACAUGGAAAUCGCCUAUGCGCCAUCAACGCCACAAAUUGACUCAAUCAUGAGGAAGGUACAGAAGCGGUAUACGAGUGCAAGUAUUCUUGGUCCGUUUCUUCCACUGAUCAUACAUUUUCUACCCGAUUCGGUAAAAGAUCUACUAGCCAACGUCACGAUCUCUUCAUCUGCAAAAAUUUCACGUUAG